AUGGGGGCUCCACGACCGGCCAGAAAUGGCCUACCUCGAUCAACUCAACCAUCCAAACUUCCUCAACGACCUUGUUCAUCCGAACUUGAACCACCUGAACCUUCACUGCCAAACCCUAACAACAAGCUGAAAACCCCUACCUUGCUCGAUCCCAACAUAUCCAACCCUCGUUUACUUGUCAAUCGCGCCUGUAUCUACGAGCGCCGACUACCUGGUGAUGCAUUUAUCACUGCACACGUCGCACGACUCCAGCACGGCUUCUACGCUAGUCAAGCGGUCUCUGACAAAGAUGCAGAGCAUGUCGAUUUCCUUGCAAUCGGCUUUGUCUUUCACGCUCCGCACACGCUUGAACACCGAUUUAAAUCUGCUACCAUCAAAGUCGCUAUUUGUGGUAGUCAUGAGAUCUCCAAAUCUCCCCAGUAUCCUCAUGGCUUUCCUCCCGGCAACCCGCGCUUUCUCAUGCACGCUCCACAUUUGAUCUAUGGCCAUAUCUCUCCAGAGACUAUGGAAUGGACAUUCAGUGUGGCCGGGUCCUUGGGAGUUUCAGAGACACCCGUCAGCGCCAGCCUAAUUCCCUCUGGUAGCUCCAGCGCCCGGUACCGACGGUACGAGAUGAUGCGCAUUCAAGGCUCCGCUCGCACGCUCAAAAGCCCCCGCGGUCCUCAAUACGAUGUCCAGGCCGGUGAGAUAUUCUGGUCACUAGAGGAGAACAACCUGCAGCGCUCUGGUCUCCCGCGCGAGUUUACUUUUGUCAUGCUCGUCCAAAAGCCCACCGCCGACAGUCAGCUCACGCUGACGCUUGAAGUUGAGCCAGUCAUCCAGGCUCUAGUGGGCAGCUAUCCAAGCUGGCUUCUAUCAUUUAGUCAGUAUCAGCCGCUGCCGCGGCGUGGCGUCAAUUUCAACAGUGAGGUCGGUCAGCGCUUUGAGCCUACGGACGAAGCUCGUGGGUUCAAUUUUGCUGCCCUGGAGAGCUCAUUUGAUGAGUACAUCGCUAUGCCAGGGCGUAAGUUCAGUCGCCAGAUCGACUACCCGGUCGAAACCCCCCUCCCGUCGAAUGAUAACCCCAACCAGGGCGGAUACCCUCAAUUUGGGAACUACAACCCAAACUACCCACUCUACAGCUCCUUGAAUCCACUACAGCAGCUACAUUUCAAUGGCAUGGUCCUCCAAAACACAAUGCUACAGGCUCAACUGAACCAGCUCUCCACCACACAGACCUCAGCCCAGCGCGCAGUGCAAGCCUCAAAUAUCAAUACCCUUGACGUGUACCACAACCUAGACGACACGACGAUAUCCUUACCGGCCGGUCUCCGUGUAUUCUCCCCUCCAGCCAUGAGUGGCGUUGCUAUCGAAGGAAGCGAUACCGAGGCUUGUACGAGUGACGUCACGGCCAUCGGCCUCGGAGAAGAUGCCCGAUUCCAAAGCUACGAGAAUGUCCGGGCCUCUAUGCUACGCACCGUUCACCCGGAACUCCGCUCGGAGAGGUUUAAGGCUUCUUUGCAUGCGGGGCGGACGCAGAGGAAAAGGCGAGUGGAGAGGACUAGCUCGCGGCAGCAGGUGAUGCGUUUAGAGAACCAGCCUCUCUCGUCCGCGUUGAUUUCGCGGCUUUCUGAGCUGCGGAGUUUUGAGGAGGAAGGUGAUGAGGAUGUGGAUGCUGAGGAGUGGUUGAUAUGA